UUUAACUUUGACAUCUACCCUCUUUGAAGCACCUUCCUUAUAAAUCCAACCAUUUCAUUUUCCUUCUUCAUCUGGUUUUCUCUUUCUCGUCAUCUUUCCUUGUCUUUUCUCUCUUUUUCUUCUACCUUCUAGCUAGCCCUUCUUUUCCUUCCAAUUCAAGCAUUUCUGGCUUCUUCACUCUCUUUCAAUUGUACUAUUCUGGAUCCUAUUAACAAACUUUUAUAUUAUAUAACCCAUCAGAUCAUAUACAAGGAGAGAAAACCGCCUUCUAAUUUAUAAUUCAUCUCACAAAUCAAAGGCCAUGGAAGACUCCUCCUCUGCUGCUUAUAUACACCUGGUGCACCGUCUGAUUGAGGAGUGUAUCCUAUUCAACAUGAGCAAAGAAGAGUGCAUGGAAGCUCUUUCCAAACAUGCAAAUAUCAAACCGGUUAUUACCUCCACUGUUUGGAAAGAGCUAGAGAAGGAGAACAAGGAGUUCUUCGAGGCAUAUUCGAGGACUAGAGCAGAGAGAGCUUCAGAGCAACAGACAAGGCAAAGGAUACAGAAUAUGGUUUCAGAUUCUUUCAAAGAACGAGAUUAGGUGUUUUAGAUUCUUCCAAAGGACGAGUUUAGGUUUCAGACGCAAACCAUGUUAAUCGUUAAAUAAAAAAAGGUUGACAAACUUGUUUGUUUUAUGUAAUAACAUCCCAAUAUUAAUUGAACCAACGUACCGCGUAAAUGGUUCCAUUUGAUUUGUCCAAAUGGGGUAGAAGUUGAACUA